UGACUGCAGCUCGGCCUUCCCAUCUCAUCAGCCACUUUAUACUCACAGCCUAAUCUGUCUGCACACCUUUCUAAAUGACAAGAAGAACCAAGUGGACGUAACUUUGACUUGGCAGUGCAACAGAGACCUAUUAUUCAAGGUUUCGUCAAUUCAAUCCAUCCAUUAAAUUAUUAAGUAAGUACGCAAAGCUAUUCCUUCGACUCGACAUCCCUUUCGCCAAGAAGCAACAAUAUUUUGCUUCUGCUGGAUUGACAAGGAAGGAAAUUGAGGUUCCUGUUCCAUCAAUUGAGAUUGGAUUGGACAGGAGAUUGGGGGGAGACUAACAUUCCUCGUGUGCCCCCUCGCUAGAUUAUGCUGAUACAAGGUUACAACAUGACGACGACACCACCACCAGGAGAAAGUCCCAUCAAAAAAUAUGAUCGAGAUUUGCUUAUAAAAAUCGGCAACCAGCCUUUGUCCGUCUUCUCGGUGCCUGAAUCAUUCCUAGAACUCGCCAAAGAGGCUGGAACAACGAGUCCUACGAGACUACUUGGCCAACCACUUGGCACUCCCAAAGGACUGAUCCCACCCCUCUCUCGCGGCAACUCUCGCAAUGGGUCAAGCGGCUCUGGUCUUUACGGAGGUUCAAUCAGAAAUAGCAGUAAUGGGAACGCAUUCGGCGGAUUUGGUUUAUUUGGUCCACUGGUCAUACCACCACCCCCACCAGCGUCGAGAGAACCUAAAAUGGUCAUAAGUUUAAGACCUCAAGGCCCAGAGAAGCUAUUGCAAUCCGACCCCAACGCAUGGAAACCAGGCCGACUCAAGGCACGCUCCUCCUCCACCACGAAGAAGGAAGACGAGACACCCAAAACAGAGGAAGAGCUUAUCAUUGAGGGCAUAGUUAAAGACACUCGCGGAAUCCUGAACAAACUAACACCGGAGAAUUUUGAUAGACUAAUGGUCAAAUUUAUUGGUAUCCCAUUACAAGACAAGGAAGGAAGGAUUGCCGCUGUGAUUAAUGUUUUAUUCGAAAAAGCCAUUGAUGAACCAGCAUUCUCUGCUGCCUAUGCCAAAAUGGUAACUGCCGUGUGUAGCUCCUCUGUCGAAACCUCUCGCGUCUUCCGGAAACAAAUCAUUGACAAGUGCCAGCACGAGUUUCAACGGAGUGAUACAGAGGAAGAUACUGCUGCUAAUUUACUCAAGAAAAUCCAAGAAUCUGAGAGUUCAGAGGAAAAAGAAAGUUUAAAAUUCGAAUUGGAAGAGUUGAAGAGUUCCAUGCGGAAACGGGCUUUGGGAAAUGUACGCUUCAUCGGAGAAUUGUACAAGUUACAAAUGCUUUCUCCCAAAAUUAUGGUUUCGUGCGUCGCAUUAUUACUCUCCAAUCCGGAUGAUGAGAAAUUAGAGUCCCUCUGCAAACUAUUGACGACUAUUGGGCAAAAAUUGGACGAACAACUGAAAGAGUUAGAAGUUAAGACGAAAAAAGAAGGUAAACCCGGACCAGAAGAAAAAUGGAUGGACAAAGUCUUUGUGUCACUGAGUAAAUUAUCGGAGGAUAAGAAAAUUUCAUCCAGAAUUCGUUUCGCAAUUAUGGAUCUUGUCGAACUUCGAUCAGACAACGGAUGGAGGCCGCGACGUCAAGUCGGUGGUCCUAAAACAAUUGAAGAAGUUCACCGUGACGCUUAUAUGCAAGAGUUGGAGGAGAAGCGGCAAAUCGACAGCCUUCCGCCUCUUGAAGGAGGAGGAGGUCGUGGAGGGCGAGACAGUCACACCAACUCACCAAUGUCACACGUGCCAAAAAAGGCGGAUUGGACUACCGUUCAGAAUAAAGCGGCCAGAUUUACACCCAAAAAACCUGCUGACAGGUCUGGACCGCAGUCAUUCACCCCCAUGUUUGGUACAAGAUAAAUUCAAUCAGUCAAUCCAAUCGCACAUUGCACAAUAACGAGAGAAAACAUUGUUUGGUGAGAGUUAAGGAUGAAUAUUCGUUGUACAACUGCUUUAAGACGACAACAAACCCAACAAACCACCCACAGUCACCAUCAUCAUUCAUCAUCGCCAUUCCCAAUGAGUGUACCAGGAAUUUACGACAAGGCCACCACCCCUUAAUUGUUUUUGUGACGGUGCAUGAUGACACUCCCAAAAAAGACUAAUAAUCCAAAAAAUUGAAUAAUCUGCAAAUAAUCAUAUAUAUGUAAUAUUUGUCUUAAUUCAACUACUGUGGACGUUAAUAACGUUAAUCGCUUCCAUUUUAAUCAUUCUUCCGUCUCGUUAUUAUUUUCUAGUUCUAUUAUUAUUGUUAUUACUUUUGUUUAAUUAUAAGAUACUCCCAAAACGUGUUUAUGAUUCCAUCGAUUCCUCCUUUGUUGCCUUUAAAUAUGACACCAAAUAUCAACUGCAGGAUGGCUUCUUCCUUAUUAAUUGUCAAGUAGCUAUAAUAUAUAUUUGCUCAUUAAUUAAAGACGAGACUUGUAAGGUUAAAUUUUCCCGUAAUUAAGGAAAUUAAGCGAUUGUUUGUCCACACAAUAUUUUGACACGCAGCAGCAGGAUAAUUUGUACUUGACUGAUUUGUAUAAACUACAUUCUCCACGCCAGAAUUGAGAUAUAAAUUAUUAAAAUGUAUUUUCACCCAUUUCGUAAAAAGGAGAUUACUCAAAUGUUUAGUUAAUUAAGACAAUUAUGUAAGUUUAAUAAGGAAUGAUGUGAAGGUGUGUUAUCCUACAAUAUCAAUAAUUUAAGCAAAUCUACUACUAAACUAGACGGAAGAAUGAAAUGUUGUUGACCAGCAUCGCGACAUUAAUUCAGUAAUAUAAUUUAGUUUAAUUGUGCACUUAAAAAAUAAACUUGUAUCCUGAUUUUCAAAAGGCAAACGGAAAUAAAGGAGUAAAUACAAACA